AUGAAUUCAUCCGUGGAUCUUGAUCAGGAGAAUGACUCAAUUAGAGUAGAAACAAGAGCCAUUGCCAUCAGCCUGUCCUUCGGUUUUCUGGCAUUCCUUACGCUAAUUUCUAACGUUUUAGUGCUGUUGGUACUUCAUCGGGGUCGCAACCAUUUCGAUGAAGUCAUGCGAAUUCUGAUCCAAAUAUUAGCGAUAACAGAUCUAAUGGGUGGCAUCCCUGGUUGCCUGUUACAGAGUCUUCACCAUUCUUUGAAGCAGUUCGCACCUUCGGCUGUGAUCUGCAAACUGGUUCCAUUUGUGACAGUAAACCUGGUGCUCCAGUCGCUCUACAUCGUGUGCUUGAUCAAUAUUUACAGACUAGUUUCUGUCUUGCGACCCUUCACGCAUCUGCGUUUCCUGACUCCUAAAACAGUACGCAUCUGUGCAACAAUCAUGAAGUUUGCUGUGUUCGGAUUCGUUCUUCCUCUUGUUCCCUUGAAGGGCAUGCCUCUGAAUAGCCAUUUAGACACGUAUUGCGACCCAAUCGUGAACGUCUGGCACCCACCUCCGGACAUGCUCCCGAAUUUAACCGCAUCAGUCGCGGUCACUGUCAUUGCAUUUGCAAUACCGCUUCUGAUACUCACCUAUACCAAUGCGAGGUUGCUGUUUAUCGCUUGUCGGGUAGUGCGUAGGAACGCAAACGUCAAACGAUCCCAAACGCUAUCCACAGACCAAAACCAAACCAUUAACCUGGAAUCUGGGAACAGUCGGUCAAAUCAACAGAAUAAUCGCAUCAAGUAUAAGAGCACUGUCCACCCUGCUUCAUCUGGCUUCAAAGGACUGAAGACAGUCAUCGUUGUCACGGGAUUAUUCUAUAUAUCCUGUAUCCCUUUUUGCUUUAUUGUCACCCGUGCUUUAAAGAACAAGGACUACUUGGAAUAUGAUGUUGUCUCCAUCUUUUUCCUCAUGAGUAAUACAUGGUGGAAUGGACCCGUCUUUAUAUACACAUCUAAGACCUUUAGAAAAGAGGCGUUCAAACUAAGGAAAGACAUGAAACUUUGGUUGAAGGGGAAGUUUAUUGGGGUCGGUCAUGACUGA